CAUUAAUAGCCCACGUGCUCCCAUGAUGUCUCAGGACAGUGAUGAGACGAUGAUUCUUGAUGGCUCUUGCUCUCCUUCUCUCCUCUCUCAGGGCAGAAGUCUCUUUUAUCAAGAGGAGGAUGAGGAGGAGGCCUACCAUCACCAGCCACUGCCUCUCCCUCCUCAGGAGCAGCUGGAAGAAGAGCAGAAUUGUGGUUGUCAUGGCAACGAUAAUGUCCUUCAUGAAGAAGGUGCUGAUAGUUCACUAUUAGCCUGGAUACAGAAAGAACAAGAGAAUAUUGAGAGACAAUUUUUUCAAACAGAUCAGCUAAUAUCAGUUCCAGUGCUUGAGAAGACACUGAGGGAUAUAGAAGGUUCACUAAAGAAAGUGAGUGUCAGCAAUCAGAAAGAAAGAAAGGAACUAGCAUCAUUCUGCAACACUUCAAGUGCUGCUAACAGAGGUGACAUAAAGAAGAAACUAAUCAGUUUGACAAGUAGACAGAAGACACUGUUGUAUUGCUUUAAGAAACAAACCACUCUAUCGGAUCAGCUAAAACAAGUCAAAUCAAAUACCGAUUCUGCUGUUGCUAUGGAAACAAAUAAUCCUCCAAUUGAGGACACUGGUGUUGCUAUGGAAACAACUAAUCCUGUUGUAGAAUCUGUAGCUGCUAAUCCUGUCCUCGUCUCCACAGCAAGAGCUGGAGUGAGACUCAAGCCACAAUCAGUACCAGGAGCAGCAUCACUGUCCCAAUCUGAAGGGAGCAGCUCCUUCUCUAGUAAUAGUGAAGCUAGUCUGUCUCAACCAGUUCCAUUGGAUGCACUGAUAAGACAAGGGUUUCUAACAAUAAGAGACAAACUCACUUGUAACCUAAUGGGAUGUACUUUUGAAGCCUCUAUUACUUCAGAUGGUCAGCUUGUUGAUUCUAGCAAUGGUGGCAGGUAUCCUUCUCCUCAGUCAUGGCAGAAUGCUUGCUGGUCUGUCCUGGGGCAUCAAAAGAGAGUCAAGAAGAUGGCAGCUUACAAGACAGUCUAUUGCAGGAAUCAAUCACUUAGCUCUGUUUGUGAGAGCUAUAGUCUGAGACAAAUUUCUCUAUAUAAACAGAAGAUGCAAGUCAGCAGUACCAGCUCACAAACUGAUCCAAUGGGCUACUCCAGUCCUCUUGACUAUACUCAUAAAAAUGAUACCUCAGCUACUGCUGCUACUGAGAAACUGCCAGAGAUAAUCAGACAGUUUGAUCUUAAUCAGUUCCUUGAAAAUUGCAGAGUCCUACCUCACCAGCUACCCAGACAGAGAGACCCUUCGCUGUCUCUUCCAGAGGGUUUCUGGGGCUCCUGGUCAUUUGAAACUAUCUUAUUGUCUCCAGCAUACAAACAACUUGAGGCUGAAGUGGAUAACUGGAUGUUAUGAUGAUGUUUGUAAUCAGUGGGUUACAUGAAAAACAAUACUAACAAUAAUAAUGAGUAUGAUGGAGUAAGAAUGGGCUGAUGUACAAGUAAAAUGACAUCAAAAAAAAAGGGUACACAUAUUGUCUGUUUUUC